CCAGGUGGGACGGUCCGUCUGGUUGCCUGGAGGCGCGACCUGGACACAAUGGGGUCUGGGAGCUGGGCCGGGCAGGGCCAGGAAUCCAGACACCCCACCCUGCCUUCCCAGCCAGGAGACACAGGAGCAGGUGUUGCCGGCAGAAAGAGCUCCCACCGUACCAUGGGCUCGGAAGUCUGGGUCGGCCCGUGGCGGCCGCACCGGCCCCGCGGCCCCAUCGCAGCGCUCUACAGUGGCCCGGGGCCCAAGUACAAGCUGCCAGCCAGCACCGGUUACAUCCUGCACGACCCGUCGCGGCCCCGCGCCCCCGCCUUCACCUUCGGCGCACGCCUCCCCACGCAGCAGACUUCGCGCGGCCCCGGGCCAGGUCACCUGGUGCCCGCUCGCAUGACCGUGCGCGGCCGCGACGGCGCCCCCGCCUACUCCAUCUUCGGCCGCCCGCGCCACGCAGCGCCCUUCCUCACUCCUGGACCGGCCCGGGCACCCAUCAGGUCCCCAAUGCAGUUCCGGCCCACACCCCGGUCCGCCCCGCAGGCAGGUACUUCCCGGAGCGAGCGGGGAACGCGGCGUACCCCAGCGCGCCUCGGCACACCAUCGCUCCCCGAAACUGGGGCCUCCGUGCGGAGUCGCAGACCCCAGGCCCCGGGACCUACACUGUGCCCUCGCUCCUGGGCCCGCGCGUCGUCGGUAAAGUUUCGGCCCCGAUUUACUCCAUCUACGGCCGCAGCGCGGUGGGCAGCUUCUGCGAGGACCUCAACCCCCGGGCCCUGCGCCUACCCUGUGGUGAGCCCUGGGAUCUACAAGCCCCGGGCCCCCCAGUUCUCGAUGCUGGCGCGGACUUCGCUCCCCCAAGGCAACAGCCUGAAUCCCGGGCCUGCAGCCUACAACGUGGACCAGGUGCUCUGCAGUUCUGCGUCAAGGCACCGGAAGCCUCGCGGCUGGAGCUUCGGGAUCCGGCACUCGGACUACCUGGCCCCGAUGGUGAUCGACGUGGAUGACUGACCAGCCGGGCGGGCGCGGCCCCACGAAUGUUUCUUAAAACCUCUGGAGCCAGCA